GUAAGUGCCGGCUUCGCAGUGCCGUCUCCAUCAGCAAAUGAGUGUGCAGAGUUGGAGUCUUUGAGAGUCAGGACAGAGCCCAAAAGAACCCGAGGUGAAAAGAAGAAAAUGAUGAACAAGAUCAAGAAGGAAUUUGAAGAUGGAAGGAAGCUGAUAAGGAAGAAGGUCGACCCGAAAGAUCUGAAACCUGGCGACCACAUCUACGCUUAUAGGCUAUACGGCUUUUAUAGUCACCAUGGAAUAUACGUGGGAGAUGGUUAUGUGAUUCACUUCACCAGGACAGAAGGCAAGGAGGCCAUCCUCCCAUAUUCUAGAGUUGAAGCCAAAACUGUGCCUGCCUGUCGAGAAUGUGGUUACCAGAAAAACACUGGCGGUGGGGUCAUCAAGACGUGCCUCGAUUGCUUCCGUCGAGCCCGCGAGACGCUUCAUUCCAUUCAUUACUUCAUGUAUGGUGCACCGCAAUUGGGCUUUCUCCUGAAAAAUUCUGGAACUUGCAGCACCCUUUCCUGUACCAAAUCCCCACAAGAAGUUGUUCAAGCUGCUUAUGAGCUUCUCAAGAGCAAAGACUUUGGUAAGUAUGAUCUUACUGGAAAUAACUGCGAACAUUUCGCGACUUACUGUAAGACGAGUCGACGUGCCAGUGAGCAGACGGCAUUUUAUGAGCCUUUUUUGAUGAAGCACGGAGAGCCGAAGAACCACUCAUGAAAUUGGGAAAGUAGUGUUAUUUCCACUUGCGAUAGUUUUUAAUCUGAGAGUAUAAAAGUUGAGAUGCUAUUCAUGUCAAAAGUAGUGGAAUGAGGAUAUUGGUUCAUAUCUCAAGUAGAAGUACAAUGCAAUAUGGCCGUGGUGUUCAUGCUAAUGCAAUUGUUUAGCGAAAUAAUGAGCUAACUUUCUUGAUGCUUCCACCCUCAAACCAAUCUCAUGGAUACUGUGCCGACAUUCAAUUCUAGGAAGAUCUAGUGGCGCUCCUAUGCCAUGAGUGCUUUUCCAUGUUUUGUGACAGGGCAUUGAAUUUUUUGUUUGAUUCCUUGCUUUUUCUUUCCUUUGUUCUUGCCGUGGUUUAGAAUAUUCAAAUGCUCAGAGAAAUCGCUGUGCUGUAUCUUAUGACAUAGCACACUCACAGGAUACAAGAGAGGAUCUGCAAUUCGAAUUGUCUGUGGUUUUUAGGACUCCAUUUAUUGGAUUUUAUUCACAUCAUGUUAGAGUUGGGACUGCAGUGUUAUUGUCAAUCAAGUGCAAAGAUCAUAAAUGUGCAUCAACAUAGCUGCCAAAAGUUCCUCAUGAAACAUGAAGAAGACAGCACAGAUGAAUGAGAAAUUUGACAUUAGGCUUAACAAGAUUUUUGGUUUUUCCUUAUGUCAACCUACUUUGAUUCUCUGUAAAGCAGAAUCAGCUGUCGGGUAGCCAAGUUUCAUAACUCUUCUACCCUUUAGUCAUUCGCAUUGAUGAGGGUCGUCCAUCUCUGUGCCCCAACCUCUGUUUCCAGGCAAAGUUUGGUUGACUGGACCGUCAUUCUAUGGCUGUUUUUUUUAGACAUGCCACCCCUUAUAUGCAGAAGAGAAGUUAUAUGCAGAAUAUAAGUUACUGCUCGAAGUUUAGACUUUCCUGUUCUGCUUGAGAACUUUGUUCGCUGGUGCAAGGCAUGCUGACUCACGUAUAAUGAUGGAAUGUCUUUCUCUGGUGGACAAGAGCUUGUUCAAUGGUUCAUUUUGCUUACUCAGUUGAACUUCUUCCAGCAUCUCCUGCGCUUUACAUUGGUGUAAGAUCGGAGGUUAUUUCAUACAAUUAGCCUGAUUAUGGCAUAGCUCCUCGCUAUAGUGAUCGAAGCAUAGUUGUACGUUUGCUCGUCUCUUUUUCGUGCCUGCUGCUUUGUCUUGAUUCUUUAUGCUAUUGAUGUGAAUUAUCAUGAUCUUGAAGUCCUGCAUACGGCCUUAUUGAUCGACAAGAUUUGCUGGGUCUGACCUCUUUUUAACUCUGUAAGUGGUACUGAACUUGCCUAUGUUCAUCAGGAAAAUGGUCUGCUUUAGCUGUUACAUCUGACAUCACUGUCUCUGUGUUACUCUGAUUAUUUUUCCGUCCUCAAAAUAUGAACUCCAUGGAAUGCCUUAUGUUGACAUUUCCUUGCCAACAGACGUAACAUCACAUCGAUCAACACCGAGAUGAAGACCUGUUUUUAGGUUACAAGAAUUACUUAGUUGCACGUAUGGCAGGAUUAGCACAUGCCCAACUGGAGAAAGCUCACAUGAAAAUCUGCAAAACAAUCGUGCCCCGUUGAAACUUGAUUCUUUGCUCAGAAAAUGCAGGGCGUUGCAUCGUAUGGUGUAGCAAACUCCCAGGGUACGAUAGCUAGAACUAUUCUAUUCUGAUUUUCUAUGAUUUUAGGGCUCCGUUUACUAGUUGGGACUGCACUGUUAUUGUCAAUCGAGUGCACAGAUCACAUAGCGCUUCGAGGUAGCUGCGGCCAAAAAAUGGCCCUGGUGCGAGCCUGAUUGUUCAUUUUUUUCACAAAUAAGGAACAAUGGGAAUUUGCGUUGGCCCAGCCUCUUAUCGGGGAUGACAGCCGAAGGAGCUUGUUCUGAAAGGAAUAGCCUCUCAUCAUAUUGCAGUAGAUUCAAAAGUAGGAGAAGGUUUUUUAUUAAUGAAUCGAUAAACCAAGGACCUACGAAAGUUGGGGCCUUGGUCAAUAUUGGAUCAAACAAUAGUCAUAUGAGUUGAUACCAUCACGAUCUAGAGAAGGGUCUUGUCCCAAUUUUUGUGAAAAUACACUACCGGAGAUAUUCGUGUUACUUCGUCCGCACUGGAUCGAUGGCAGUAGUGCCAGAGGUGCAUGCCAAAGACAGGCCAGGGUUUGGUGGAAGCCAGUCUCUGAGAAAAGACAGAAGUUCCUGAACAAGCAUGAAGAUGACAACUGAAGAUGAGUGCGGAAUUUGAGAUCUGGCUCAACAAGAUUUUCAAUUCUUCCUUAUUUCAACCUACUUCGUGUCUUUGCAUAGCAGAAUCGGCUGUUGGGGUUGGGAACUUCUGUGACCUUUUUAUACCUUAGUCAUUUAUACUGAUGGGAGCGUCCAGCUCCAUAUGCCCCGAGCUCUUUUUUCAUUCAAAGUUCAGUCGACCGGACCAUCAUUCUGUGGCUAUUUUCUCCAACAUGCUGCCACUCAUAUGCAGAAGGGAAGGUCUGCUCGAAGCUUGGAACUUUCCUGUUCUGCUCGAGAACCUUGUUCGCUUGUGCAAGGGAUGUAGACUUAUCUGUAACGAUCUGGUCUCUUUUGUUGGAGGACAAGAGCUUGGUGUAUAGUUCAUAUUGCUUGCUUGAUCAAAAUUCUUCUACCAUCUCCAGAGUUUCACAUUGGUUUAGGAAAGGAGGCUAUUACAUACAAGUAGCCUGAUUAUGGCAUAGCUCCUGGCUACAGUGAUUGAAGCAUAAUUGGACAUUUGCUCGUCCGUUCAUGAUAACUUCUGCUUUGUCUUGAUUCUUUAUGCUAUUUGUGUUAAUCCUCAUGAUCUUGAAGUCUGGCUUUC